AUGGCAAGUGACCAAAUAUUUCCUCAAAUUGCGUAUCCCAUUCGUGUCAUCGUACCAAUUGUUUAUACAAUCAUCGUUGCCUUUGCUCUCAUUGGAAAUGUCUUGAAUUUCUAUUCGUUAUGCGUUAGUACCGAUCGCUACGGACGAAAAAGUAUUCAUGUCUUAGUUUGGAAUCUGAUUGUCGAAGGGACAAUAUGGUCGUCGAUAUUUUACCUUGUCAAAAUGGUUUCAUUCGCCGACUUAGGUGAGCAUUUCGCUUUAAAUGGUGGCAAAUGGCUGAACGAUUCAUGGUGUAAAUCAGAAAUGUACAUAUUACGUAUAAUGGACUUUCUUCUCGCUUAUACAAUCGUCUUUUUAUGUCUUGAUCGUUGUGUUAAACGUAAGAAAUGUGGUUAUGGUCUCCGUCGUUUUAUAACAGGCAUCUGCAUCGUACUCUCGCUUUGGCUUGCUGUUUGCUAUGCUUUAAUUCCGAUCUUAUUCUUCGAUCAACAAUUAGAAUCAUUGAAUUACGGUUCAUAUGAAUGCACAUUGAAUAAAACACAGAUUAAUGAAUUAGCUUGGCUAGAUCUACAAAAUGUUCAGCUACCAAUUAAAACAAUUUACCUGUUGGACUUCAUCUUCGGCAAUGCUUUACCCAUAUUUUUGAUGAUUGUUUUAUUAAUCAUUCGCUUUGUUGUCCACCGACAACCGAAAUCACAUAAGUACAGAACCAAUGCCAACACUGAUUUGACUGAAUUGGAUAUUGACACAUAUAAACAGUUCGAUCUCAAAGCGUACGAUGAUGAACAUCCGAACAUGUUCAAAAUGGUUGUUUUAUACGUGCUUGUGUUUAUUAUUUGUCAAUUGCCUUAUUAUAUCUAUCGUCUGGUUCGUAUUUAUAACCCAGACAUUCAAUCGAACUUAUCGUCACAAAAUAUUCUAUAUGCAAUCGAUAUCCCAUUGAUAACUCUUCGUUUAAUCAAUCGUGCUAUCAACCCGUGGUUAUCGUUCUUUCUCAUGCGUACGAUUCGAGAUUCAUCACGAAAAGCGUGCACAUCAUUCUGGUAUUGUGGUUGUUUACCUUGUUGUCCGAAUCGAUGGGCUUGUUUACGCGAUUGUUCGGUUUAUAUUCGAAAUGAAUGGUAUGACUUAACGGCGAAUCAUCAACUCAUUCGAGAAAUACGUCCGACUGGCAAUACAAUGAAGAAAGAAUUCGUCGAUCCGACAGGUAAACGUAUUCGACAGACUUAUGAAGAAUACGUUCGAUAUUAUCAUCGUCCACGCACGACAUUCAGUGAUGCAAAUCCGGCUUUGUUAUACGCUGGAAAAAAUAUACCGAUGGGCAAUGAAAAUCUUGCCUAUUCCUCCGCAAGCUCAAAAUUACCGCGCUCGCAAGUGACCGAGCCAAGCACGGAACUGUGA